AUGAUUGAAUUGAUGAAAAAGCUGGCUUCUCGUGUUUGUGUAAGUUUGCAUUUCUUGCUUGGUAACAGGGAAUAUACCCCUUUUUUAUUUCUUCUUAGGGAGGAAGAUAAGAACAUAUUUGACUAUUGCAGAGAAAACAACAUUGACCAUGUAACCAAAGCCAUCCGAUCAAAAAAAGUCGACGUGAACGCAAAAGACGACAAGGGUAGAGCUUUGCUGCAUUGGGCAUGUGAUAGAGGACACAAAGAACUUGCUACAGUGCUUCUCCAGCAUACUGCUGAUAUUAAUAGCCAGCUUCUACCUGUGAAUUUUCCGAUAUUGUGGAACUGUUGCUUCAAUCCGGAGCUGACCCUACUCUUCGGGACACGGAAGGAUACUUGCCUGAGGAGGUGACAGACUGUAGAGUAAUCACCUCUAUGCUCCAGGAACACACAGCUGGCAAAGCUUAACCGAAAAGCCAAGGAGGUGAAGCCCAAGGCUUUCAGAAUGGAACAAAAACUGUAAUAAAUCCAUCCUUCUCCUACUGCGUAGUCUGCACAAUGCAUAAGGAUUGGAAUUUGUUGAAUGAAAAGUACUUGGUAUUGAUGCAAUUUUGGAAAUCCAAAAACUAAGGAGUGGACUGUGACUCACACAGCAUAACCUAUUAUCUACCAUGUGAAAAAUAACCUCAGCCAUAGUUUGCGACUUGCUUAAUAGUCCCCUCCUUUUUUUUUUUCAGUCUUAAAACUAGUAAAAAGGAUAUAUUGGCUUUCUGCUAUCGUGUCAGAUGUAGCUGUAAGAGAUGUUCAGUUGGGUAGGUUGCACGCUACAAGCCUGAUACAUCAGAAGUCCUGCUUUAUCAGGACAGGAGUUUCAUCAUGUAUGGAGGCUACGGAGAAGAGAAAAAAGGAACCAUACUAAAGCUGAAGUCCUAUGUGUUCCUUCUUGAGAAUAAGCCCUAAUUAGACACACGAAUAGUGUUGAACCUGCUUUCCCAAGUGGAUUUAAGGAUUAACUUCUUAUCUGCAACUUGUAGGAAAGGAAGAUCCAAUAGCUGGAUAGGGGAAUGGAAGAUAUGAGCCAGUUUAUAAAACGUUUUUCCCCCCCAAACUUCCACAUUAGUGACAGUGUUAUUAUUUAUAUUUUUUUGAACUCAGAAUUAGAAAUACUAUGGUGCUCUAAGAUCCGAAAAUAAAGGCAGCAGAUUUUUUCCCCUUGAUCCUAAACUGAUUCGCUGGUUAGCUAAGUAGUUGCUGUGUUGUUAAACUAUGAGAACUGAUGGGCAUGUUAAUUGUGUAUAUCUCUCUGUUUCUGGUAUAAAAAUACUUUCCUGCAUGAUAUGAGAUAUAUAAAAAUGUUCCUGGAAUAUUUCUUCUUUUUUUUUUUUCACCUGCCAUUAAACCAAACUAGUUAUA